AUGGACCAUCACUCAAAACCAGCUACAUGUACUAACAGCACAAGUGCUCCUACACAAAACAAUGAAUUUGUUGGUUACAUACAUAAUGUUUCUCCUGUGUCUAAUGAAAAUUUCUUUGAAUGCCAAUUACAAGGAAGAGAUGAGACAAUAACUAAAGCAGUGUGCUUCAUGCCUUUGUUUGGAGGCUUGGCAUAUUAACUCCGCCCAUGCUCCUUUAAAUCGUGAUGAUGGCGGUUUGCUUCCUGAAGCCUAUUUACACCUCGUCAGAAAAAAGGCCGCUUAUUAGUGUUCAUAUAAAAGGACCUUUUGUUGCAGCAUUUAGAUCACCCCUAAUGAAGGCACUAAACAGGAGUGUCAAAACGUUGGGUCUAUGAAUUGCAACUUCUUCGGUUACAUUCAUUAAAUCUGCAAACCAGAGUAGCAUCAAACUAUGUCUGAUUGUCCACCUGGUUGCCACGUGAACUUUAAUAUAUUUUAAAGCGCAAGAUUUUUGCAGAUUACAGUGGAAAGAAGAGCCCCAUAAAAGCUAAAAAGUUCAAUGUGGACACCUCUUUAACUACCAAUGAUAUGUUGAUGGGAGAUACUGUUAUAGUUGAACACUAUCCACAACUUGACUUCUCAAGAUCAGAGAGCCAAUCUUCAUCCAUGCUUUCAUCAGUUAAAUCUGUUCGAAUUGGCCAGCAUGUAACUGUUAAGGCCAAAGUUACCAACAUGUCCAAAGAGGAAAAGGCAGGGAAUUUAACUCUUGUGAACUGUACCCUGCUUGACCCUGCAGCUUCAGUCAGAAUGGUAUUGUGGGAGAAUUUUUCUAACCAAGUAGAAAACAACCAUACAUACACGUUCCAUAAUGUAAAAGUACAAAAGGUGAAAUAUCAUGACAACAUUUAUUUGAACACUGCUAAAUAUGGAACAGAAAUAAAGCUCACAGGAGAUUUUACUGAAGUCUUAGCUGUGCCACUUACUCAAGAUACCACACAAUUUGUACCCACAACCAUUGAAGGAGAAAUAUUAGGAAUCACGACCAUAAACUCACAUUUCUCUUUCUUUAAGUGCAACAAGAAACUAGAACAAUCUACUGCAGCAACAUAUUUAGAGUGCAACAAUUGCCACUUAAAGCGAAAACACUUUUUGUGGAGCAUAUUCAGCAGGUACUUCCCAAACAAAAAUUACCUCAUGCCAACAACAACUGCGGAAAUGCUCUUAGACAGUUUGUUCAAUCUUGUAACAGUAAAGUUCACGUACAACAAAACAUCCAAAGCAGUACGGAAGAUUGCUAAAAACAUGUAA